CCAACAAGUAGCAGUUCAGCAUUCGACGCGUUCGCUUGCCAGCGGACACAGGACCAACUAAACGGGUCAACUUUCAGCGAAACGGUUGGGUUUCGAAAACGCCGAGUAACGGUUAUCGGUUCGGACAGUUCUCGAAUUUUUUAUUUUUGUUUGAGAGUGUUUCGCAUGUGUGAAGACAUCAGAAGAGCGCGGUAGAACCAAAUUAAUAAAAUAAACUUGCACCUUUAAUUUCUUGUGGAAGUUCACUAACCAAAAACUCUCAAGGAUACGUUCCCAAGAUGCAGACGAAUGUGCAAAUCGACUCGAAGAAUCUGCGCAGCACCGAUGACAAUUUCCGUUCCCGUGGCCAUCACAUCACCAUAGAGGAACUGGUGGCCAUUUCUCCGGAGCGCCGCAACUGGCGUGGCAUCUUCAUCGCCCUGCUGGUCAUCGCUGCCGUUUUUAGCCUGAUCAUAUUCUCGAUCUUCCUGCUGUCGCCGGAGGAUGAGGGUCUACGGAUCCGUGGUCGCCGGAUGCUGCCCAGCGACAUCCUGGGCAGGAGCCUCCAGUGGAAGCCGUUCAACGGCACCUGGAGCAAUGGUCGUGAGCUCAUUUAUCGCGAUCCAACGGGCGGCCUAUCCAUUCUCAAUAUGGCCGAUCUUACCACACGCAUCCUAAUGACCAAUUCAACAUUCCGCCAAUUGAAUGCGGAAUCAUUUUUAGUCGCACCUGACCAAAAAUACGUACUACUGCAGUCGGAUUCAAAUGCCGAGGGCUCCAGACAUCACGUAUACGAGGUGCAGACGGCCAACACAUUUCCGUUGGGUCCAACGGAGAACAUAGCCGAGGCGCCACGCCUCCAGCACGUGGUGUGGGCGCCAGCGAAUCCGCCGCCACCGCUUGGAGCACCACCACCCAGUGGCGCAAGUGGUGCAAAUGGUGCCAGCGGCGCCAGCACCACGACAAUGGCCCCUUUGCCCAGUGGCAGCAUAAUCCUAAACAGCCUGGCUGGGGCUGCCAAUGGACCAGCAUCAGCCGGAGCCUCCGGCUCCUCCGCAACAAAUCCGAAUGGCAAGGCCGGCGGUUACACUUUGAACCAGGCCAUCGCCUUUGUCCACCACAACGACAUCUACUACAAGCCCAAGGUGCAGGGCGAACUUGUGUGCCGGAUAACGCAGACGGGUUCGGGUUCGCUGGAAGGCGAAUCCACAGGGGUGGUGUUCAACGGGGUGCCCGAUUGGAUGUACGAGAAUGUGCCGGAGCUGGAGAGCCGCCGGAGCAGCAUGGAGUUCUCGCCGGACGGACUCUUUUUGGCCUUCCUCAGCUACAAUGACAGCGAGGUCAGCGAGUACAAAUACACUUGGAUGGGUGAUGAUAUCAAAUACCCGGCGGUGAUGAGCCAACGCUAUCCCAAGACGGGUUCCCGCAAUCCGAAUGUCACGGUCAACGUGGUGAAUCUCUCGGUGAUCAAGUACAUCUUUCCCACGCAGAUCAAGCUGCCGAGUGAGCUCUCCAAUGGUAGCUACGUGGGCGGCUUGACCUGGGCCUCGUCCACUGACCUGUCGGUGACGGUGACCAACCGCGAGCAGACCAAGGCCACCACGGUGCUGUGCAGAGCUCCACACUUCCAUUGCCAGGCGGUGCACACGGAGGUGACCAUCAACGAUGGCUGGGUUCUGCCAUCGGAACGGCCCAUCUUCUCGGUGCGGAACCAGGGCCACAGUCGACUGGGAAAACUGGUCCAGAAUGCGGAGGAGAUCCAGGCGGAGAGUCAGAAUGUGAAUGUGACGGAUGGCCAAACGCACACGACACACGAGAUCAGCAAUGGUGGCUAUCUGCUAAAGCGUCUGCCGGUUCGAGAUGGCGAACACGGUCACUACCGCCACGUGGUCUUCAUAUCCUCGCUGGACCGACGCCCCGUGCCGCUGACCAUGGGUCGGUUCGAGGUCACCGAGAUCGUCGGUUGGGAUGAGCCGCAUGAGAUCGUCUACUUCAUGGCUGCGCCGGAGAAGAGACCUGGCGAACGGCAUUUGUACAAGAUUAACCUGAAGCUCAAUGUCACCGAAUCGAAUCGGACGUACAUCACCUCCACAUCGCCCACCUGUCUCACCUGCGACAACACGGAGUCCACGUACCGGCUCCACCGGGCCAGAAUCUCGCAGCGAGGCGAUCGAUGGGAGGAUAUUGUGGCUCGCCUGGAGCCCGACGAUUGCCUCUACGAUAUACCCAAGAAUUGCCUGUUCAAUCGGGUGCAGUUCAGCCAGGACUACAGCUACUAUGUGCAGGAGUGCCUGGGUCCGGAGGCACCCAGUGUCUACCUGGUGGAGACGGCCAGCAAUGACAAGAUUUAUGUGCUGAACGCCGGCGAUGUCCUGCGUCACCGACUCUCCCAACUCGCCAUUCCGCAAUCGCGCACCUUCAGCGUGGAGAUCCGGCACGGAUUCCACGCCCAGGUGCGUCUCUUCCUGCCACCCGGAAUGCGAGAGGAGGAGGACGUAGCCUUUCCACUGGUGCUCCACGUCGAUGCCUCGCCGGGAUCACAGUUGGUAACAGAGCGCUUCCACGUGGACUGGAACUGGUAUUUGGCCAGCCAGAGGAGUUUUAUUGUGGCCCAGAUCGACGGGCGUGGCAGUGGCUUCCAGGGCGAAUUGCUCCGCACCCAGGUGCACGGAAAACUGGGCACCGUCGAGGUGGAGGAUCAACUAGGAGUCCUAACGUACCUGCGGGACAACCUGAAGUUCAUCGAUCCGCUGAGGAUUUGCGCCUUUGGCUGGGGCUACGGUGGCUACGCCUCCUCCAUGAUGCUCAUCGACGACUCGCAGCAGGUGCUCCAGUGCGCGGUGGCGAUCAAUCCCAUUGUCAACUUUGGAUUCCACUAUUCCUUCUUCACGGAGCGCUACAUCCCACUGAAGGGCGACUAUCUGCGUGCCCUCCAGGAGGCGGAUCUCACGAUGAAGGCGGGCAACAUCAAGGGCCGCAACCUGAUGCUAAUGCACGGCACGGCGGACACGCUGGUCCACCAGGAGCACACGCUGAUGUUGGUGCGGGCGCUCGUGGAGCAGCAGGUGAAGUUCCGGCACCAGGUGUAUCCCGACGAGGAUCACGCCAUCGCCAGGUCGCUGAGCCACGUCUACAAGACGAUGGAAUGGUACUUCGAUGAGUGCUUCGGCCCCGUCGACGACAACGAGUGGGACCCCACGGGUCUGUUCGUGUUCAAGCAAUAAUUAAGACCCCCCUACGAUCCUUACGACGAGGAUCCGCUGGCCAAUCAGCUCAGCGACAUCGACAUCGGGCCCGCCACCGAUGCGCAUCCGGAUGCGGAUGCCGCCGGCGAUUCCGCCGGCAGCAAUCUGUCCACCCUGCUGACCGCCACGACGACGAGCGCCUCGCUGUCGGCGCUCGACGAACUGGACAACCGGCUGCAGGCCCUGGACCUGAUCACCUCCUCCACGGCCACCACCCUCAGCAAGGUCGCCGGCAAGCUGUGCAACUACAGCAGCAAGCGCCGACUCCACCAGUCGGAGGCCGUGCUCGCCCAGAAGUCGCGUAUCCUCCAGCACUAGGGGAUUCACCCAAGGGGUGUCCUCCUCCGUGUGUCAAGCGUGUGUUUCCCGGGCGGGCAGAUCUAUCCUCAUUUCACUUUCGACUUCAGUUUGCGAAAAGUUUAUACAUCUUGAUGCUGUUUACAAGUCAAGAGCACGCUCUAAAUAAUGUUGAUCAUUUUCAAUUAAUUCUAUUUUAAUUUUAAUAUAAAAGAUUUGAAUUUGUGGCAGGCUUUACAAGAUGUCUUUCUUAAUUUCCUAUAAAACCAACAACUUAACAUUUCCAAUCCCUCAAUUAACAUAGCGUCAGUUUUAACAUUUCCUACUUGAAGUUGGCUGCGAUAACAUAGUAAGCACAUGCUUACUUAUUUUACAUAUUUACAUGCUUUUUUAUACUUACAUUUAUUAUUAUUUUCUAAAACCUGCAAUUUCUCUAUCACUUAUUUAAAGAAUUAUACAAAAUCGAUAUAAAUAUUCAAGUCCGCUGAUUGCUGGCGAAAGUGAAAAUGGGGAUAAAGUAUUCAAUUGCAGGUCUUCUUAAAGUUAAACCUAAUUAAUUUAAUUUUGCUAAAUUACCACGUGCAAACUUAGCUUCCGCAAAUUUGUAACGAAUGUGAAAACGAGGAAAGGUCAUUUUGUGUGAAAGUGUGGAUUCUCCAAAGGCAUUAAUGGGUACAAUUCUUUGGCAAAGUAGACUAGAUUUUGAAAACCUUUUAUUUUUUGGGAGAAAAUAUUACAAGUUUUGUCACUUUUGAAAUUUAUAAAAAUCUAAAUGGCAUUCAUGGUUUUCCAAAUUUAAAUAUUUCUUCAAAAUGAUUUGUCAUUUUUAUAAUACGAGCUAGGAUCAAAAUAUUUUGAAUAGGUAUAAAUUAUUACAUUAUUAUUAUUAUGCAAUUUAGUUUAGUUUAGCUUAGGUUUUUUUAUAGCUCGAACUUGUAGAUCGUGUUUUUUCCCUAGAAUAAAAUUGAAAAGGUUAAUUCAGAGACGAGCCAUCAAAUGUCGAGAACUAGUCACCAAAGUCGGCCAACUCGACUAUAUAUCUGUAUAUUUCGGUUGAUAUGAUUUCGCCGGCGAGAAUCGAGUGUGAAUGCGAAUCGAGAAAACAGAGUAAUUAGAAACAAAACCAAAGCAAGGUGAUUCAUUUAUGCGACUGAUUAUUAACAUAUGUGUAUUAAAUAAUUAACCAAACUGACGGAGCGAGGGGGGUGACGAUGGUGUAACGGGCCGGCGAGAUGUCGAUGUCCUUGACGUAAGGAUACAAAUGUAGGGGACUUACAUUUACCUAAUUGCAAAUGGCGCACCGAAUGCAGCGCGAUAUGUGUGUGUCAUGGUGCAUGUAAUUCGUUUAGACCUCAUUGUUGUUUCUUUACGUGUUCGUUUCGAUGUGUAUAAACAUAUAGUUAUAAUUGACUGAACGUUAUUUUUUUUGUAUAUAUUAACGAUUAAAUUUUAAAUGAGAUGUGAAAGCGAGAUUGAGCGCGCUAAUCGAAUUCGAAACUUAUUGAAACAAUUACACAAGUCAUGUCCAAAUGAAAGAUGGUGGAAAUAUCUUUUAAAUAGCCAACAAGUGUUUGUGAGUAGUCAUGAAGAAUCGGAGAGGAGAAUUGAACGCUUAAUGCCCCAUUGAAUGUUUGUGAUAGUCGAGAGUAGGCGACUAUAAAAUACCCUGUACUCCAUAGAUACUCAUCCCGAUCCCGAUCGUGAUCGCGAAUGCGAUUCUUCUCUCCCGACUUUCGGUGUGCAAAAGCUUUAAUCUUCAUAUCCAUUCGACGUUCAAUGCUGUGGAUACAGGGUAUUUCCAGCUGUCUAGCAUCCAAAACAGAUCUAAUUUUUAAUCUAAAUAUAUAUGGAGAGUGGAUGGAGCGGAGAUUGUGCCACACUAAAGACAAGUCCCAGGCUUGCAAAGCCCCCUAUGUAUAUCGAUCGCAUUGGAUCAGGACACAUAUGUUUUAUACAUAUGUAUAUAUGUACAUAUGUGGGGGGAAUUGGUGUGCUUUAGCGAGAACUAAACCAAGAAAUAAACAAGUGGCGAAACAAUUUUUUUUAGAUUUUUUUACCAUUAACAUUAAACGGAAGGAGGAAGUCGCGAGUUCCAUAUUUGAAAUGGGAUGUACUUGUCAAAAGCCUAGGUGUUAAAUGUUGCGUCAAUAAGCGAAACCGAAAUUGAAAUUGAAAUUUUAUUGUAGCGGGGCCGACGAGAGGCCCCCGACUUCCGGAAUCCAACUAUAACUAAGAAAUCCAGAUAAAACAAUAUAGUCAAGCUUUAAAUGUUGUACACGAUGGGGGGUCGCAGCCACUUGAAACCCAAGUUAACUAAACCAAAAGAAGAGAAUGCCCAAAAACAGACCCGAGAAUAAAUAAAUGUUAAACUUAACUAAACGAUAAAUGCAUAUUUAUAAAUGUUUAAAACAACAAUUCUAUAAUAAACUAAAGGAAAACUAUAUAUGUAAUUGUGCUAAGGCAGAAUUUAAUGUAUUCCAAGCUACCAAAGCGACAAAAAGCCAUUAACUACGUGGAACCAAACAAUGUAAACGCAAAGCUAACAACAAAUACAAACUGCAACAUACAACUCAUUUCCCUAAAGUACAAAGGAAACGAUGGAAAACCCACAUAUAUGGGCAUGCUCCGUUAAUCGAAUUCGUAAGAAUUUUACAAUUUCGAUUUGAAAUUAUUUUUUUUAUAUUCAAUUAGAUCUUAUUUUCAAAAGGGGAAAAAUAGUUUACUUAUUCCACAUCACCACAAGAUCAUUCUGUUACUUAGGUAUUUUAUAAAAUAUGUAUUUCUGACCCCACCUUAAAAUUUGACAAACAAAAUUUUGCGGUCGGUAACAAAAAGAUUCGAUUUGGCAAGGGAAGAACUCCAUAUUGUUGGUGAAACGAAUCAGGCGAAUUAUAUAAAGGAGGGCCAAAAGUGUUGUUUGUAAAUAAUGAUAUUUAAUUUAAUUAAUUAAAUGGUCAAAGUGGAGUAAAAACGUAAUUGCGAAUAUUGGAAUUGAAACAGUGGCAAAUUUGGCCGCUCUAUUGUCUGGAAACAGCUUAAACACUGUUACUGUUUACAAAUCAUUUCGAUAGCAACAAUUUUGCGAAAACCGGAGCAGCUAAUAACGAAAUCGAACGAUUUUUCUCAAAUCGAAAUCGAAACUAAGUUACGAUUACCGGAGCAUGCCUGAUUAUUCAGUUGAGCACAGAAACCACACCAUCUAACACAAAAAAGACCAAAACUGGACAGUAUUGAACGAAGUGAUUUGGUUUCAAGACAACAUCUCAGCAUAAAGUAUUCAAGCCGAAAUCGAACAGAAUCCAAAUAGAUAUAGCGAAAAAACGAACAAAACUAUGUAUUUCCAACAAACAGACACAAGUAUACCAACAAAGCGAUCCAAAGCAACUAAAAACCAAAAAAGCGAAACAAUAAAGACAUUUUUGUGUGUAUGUAAGAUUAAAUAGAAAAAUCUGGUUUUGA